AGCCCCAGGCUUUCCCCGAUUUCGGAGAGAAAUGACAGAUGUGCGAUGCAGGAAACCGGGUGAGAAGCACGAGGCGGCGCGUGAAGUGCACGAUCUGCAUGAGGAAGGUGUCGAAAGAGAUGAGGACGGUCACGAUGGAGUCGACGCAAACGAGAGCAGAGCAGCAGAGAACACGCAUGCAGACGAUGCGAGGACAGACGCCGGCCAGACAGAGUCUCCGUCUCCUUCGGCAGAGGAGGAGAAGAAGGACGAGGAGCAGGACUCCAACUCCAGCACAACAUCAGCCGAAACAACCACUAAGAGCAGCAAGUCCGUGGUGUUCCAGAGGUUGGCGAAGCUGUUCGUGGGUUGCCUGGCGGCCGUCACCUGCGGGAUGAUGUACGCCGUGUACCUGAGCACGUACCACGAGAGAAAGUUCUGGUUCUCCACUCGGCAGGAGCUGGAGAGAGAGAUUACAUUCCAAGGAGGAAGCGGGCUUUAUUACUACUACUACAAACACAUGCUGAUCGCUUCGUCCUUCGAGAAGGGUGUGUAUGAGUUACUGCGGGAUAACAGGACCGUAUCUGGUCAGACUAUUAAUGCAGUGGAGCAGCUGUCUCUCUACCCCGAGCUCGUCAGCAGCCUGCUGUACAAGCUGAGUGGCAGUCAGGACUCCAUAGAGCCGGUUUAUUUCUACAUCGGCGUGGUGUUCGCGCUGCAGGCCGUCUACGUGACGGCGCUGUUUAUCUGCAGCUGGGUGAUGAGUGGCACCUGGGUGGCUGGCAUGCUGGCAGUGGCCUGGUUCAUCAUUAACAGGCCAGACACAACUAAAGUGGACUACGCCAUUCCUCUGAGAGAUAACUGGGCUCUCCCUUACUUCUCCUGCCAAGUAGCUGCUCUAACCGGCUUCCUGAGCAACAACAUCAGCUCUGCGACAGAGAUGUUCUGCUACCUGCUUAUGAGUGUGACGACGUUCACCUUCAUAGUGAUGUGGGAGCACAGCCAUUACAUCCUGUUUGUACAGGGCCUCGCACUCUUACUACUCGACUGCUUCGACCUCGUACCAGCACGCAAGACAGCAGAUGUCCAUAAGGUGUAUGUGACCUCCCUGUUAUUGGCCUACGUCCUGCAGUAUGAGAAGCCCGGGCUGCUUUCCUGUCCCCUGCUCAGCCUCCUCAUAGCCAACGUGCUGGCCAAAUACCUGCAGCAAAAAAUGAAGAUGGGCCCGCUGGUGGCCAGGCUGAUGAAGAUCGUGCUGCACCUGUACUUGGUCUUCACUGCAAGCAUCACCUUCAACUACCUGAUUAAGAGAAUCUUUCCAGUCAAUCAGAAUGACUUCAUACUGAAAUUCCUGGAAGUCCGUUUCGGACUAAACUCCACAACAGAAUUUAUACCGAACCUGUUGCUGUGUGAGGACGGUUUCCAGGCACCGGGACAGGACUUUUUCCUGCGUCUCAUCCACGCCUCCGUUCUGCCUUUUUAUGUGAUCGUGCUGCUCGUCUGCGUGCUGUCAAUCAUGGAGACCAUCUACAGGAGGCUCAGUGGCGAGCGUGCGACCGAGAGCGUGCGGAUGGAGGACGGGCGGAUCGGAGAGCGGCCGGAGGUGAUCUACCACGUGUUGCACACGCUGCUGUUCGGCGCUCUCACUAUGAUGUUUCAGGGGUUGAAGUACCUUUGGACCCCGUACGUGUGUAUGUUCACUGCGUUUGGUGUGUGUUCACCGGAGCUCUGGAUUACCGUGUUCAGAUGGGUCAGGCUCAAGUCUGUCCAUCCUGUAGUGCUGGCACUAAUCUUGAGCACUGCAGUCCCCACUAUCAUUGGCUUCAGCUUAUGGAGAGAGUAUUUCCCGCGUGUGCUGUCCGAGCUUACAGAGGUACAAGAGUUUUAUGAUCCUGAUACAGUGGAGCUGAUGAACUGGAUUCGCAAUCAGGCACCGCUCUCAGCCGUGUUCGCAGCGAGUCCUGCCCUGUCAGGAACGGUGAAGGUGUGCACAGGAUGGCCGGUCACCAGUCUCCCACUUUAUGCAGACCUCAGUCUGCUGCAUAGAACAGAGAGUACGUAUCAGGUGUAUGCCCUGCGCUCCGCCGAGGACGUCUAUAAGCUUUUGAUAGCUCAGAAGUCGAGUUACGUCAUCAUCGAAGAGGACCUGUGUAAUGAGCUGAGUCCAGUCAGAGGCUGCAGGAUUAAAGACCUGCUCGACUACGCAAAUGGCCACGUGGUGUACGAUAAAGGUGAAAUGUAUACCUUCUCGAAGCACGGCCGAUUCUGUCACGAGAUUAAAAUGAACUACUCCCCAUACACCAACUACUUCACGCGAGUGUUCUGGAACCGCUCGUACCACGUCUACAAAGUCAACUCCGUCCUCUCCUUCCAAUACUGACACCUGCUGAGUCCACUCCGUCAUCUCCUCC